UUACCCGCAUUUAAAUUGUUUAAAUCGACGCAAACUGCUCUGUUUAUUUUACAACUUUUAUAAUAACUGUAAAGUAAUCCUUAUCAUUGAAUAAAACAGUGUAAUGCGUUAUUUAACUUUAAUAAACGUUAUUUUUUAUUUCUGAGGAAAGCGCAUCUGAAAAACGUGGUGCGUCUCAUUUCGCGCUCUAUAUCGUGAAUCACUUCAUCGUAAUUCGUGAAGAGAAACGGUGCUUUUUGAAACAAACUCCGAGUCAACUGAAGCGAAAGUGAUUCACUUGAAGCUCGAGACAAAGUGGCCAAACACAGAGAAAAACUCCUGGUGAAGCAGCUGAGAUCCACGUGACACACGAUUAAAAGAUGGCGUUUAUUAAAGAGGAGAGUGAAGAUAUAAAGAUUGAAGAAGUAUUCAGUCUGAAACAAGAAGAUACUGAGGAACAAACAGACCUGAUGGUGCUGAAAAAGGAGAGUGAAGUACUAGAUGAAAUGCAAAAUGAAGAUCAGUAUAAGAAAGAGCAUGAUUUCAUAACUGGACAAAAAUCAAUUAGUUGCUCUCAGACAGAAAAGACUGGAAGUAGAGAUCAUUACACCUGCCAGCACUGUGGAAAGACUUUCAAUCAACAUGGAAACCUUAAAGUCCACCUGAGGAUUCACACUGGAGAGAAGCCUUAUACAUGUCAACAAUGUGGAAAGAGUUUCGAUCAACAAGCAAACCUUAAAGUCCACUUGAGGAUUCACACUGGAGAGAAGCCUUAUACAUGUCAACAAUGUGGAAAACAUUUCAAUGAACAUGGAAACCUUAAAGUCCACAUGAGGAUUCACACUGGAGAGAAGCCUUUCACCUGCCAACAGUGUGGAAAAUGUUUCACUAAAAAAGGAACCCUCAAAAGCCACAUGAAUGUCCACACAGGCGAGAAGCCUUACACAUGCCCCCUGUGUGGAAACCGUUUCAGUCAACAAGGAAGCAUUAACAGGCACAUGAAAACUCACACCGGAGAGAAGCCGUACAUCUGCAAACUGUGUGGAAGGAGCUUUACAACAAAACCAAACCUUAGGUAUCACAUGAACAGUCACACUGGUGAGAAGCCAUUUACAUGUGAUCAUUGUGGAAAGAAUUUCAGACAUAAAGGAACCAUUAAAAAGCACAUGAUGAUUCACUCAAGAGCUCCCUCUCUCAGUUAUAUAUGUCAUCAGUGUGGGCUGAGUUUUCCAGACAGUAAUCACCUUAAAAGUCAUGUCAAAUCUCACACUGGAGAGAAGCCUUUCAUGUGCAAUGACUGUGGAAAGACUUGCUCAAACAAGACAAACCUAAAGAUUCACAUGAGAAUUCACACUGGAGAGAAGGCUUUCACCUGCCCUCAGUGUGGAAAGAGUUUCAGAUUUAGAGGAAACCUUCGGAAUCACAUAAAAAUUCACAGUGGUGAAAAGCCUUACACCUGCCCUCAGUGUGGAAAGAGUUUCACACUUAAAGGAAACCUUAACAUUCACAUGAGGCUUCACACUGGAGAGAGACAUUUCACAUGUCUUGAGUGUGACAUGAGUUUCACGUAUCAUAGAAACUUGAAAGAUCAUAUGCAAACUCAUUCUUCAUGUUCUUCAGCGUGACAAGUUUUGAAAAAGGAGCAAUUUAAAAAAAAUCACCUGCACAUUCACUCAGGAAGAAGGUGCCAUAAUGUGUAAUAAUUUUGCCAUCACACUAAUACACCUGGAAAAGUCAUGUAUGUGUGAGACCCUGUUUGUGUUCUUUGACCGGACAUCAUUUUAAAUAGCUCUGCAGUAUAAAAUGGCAAUUAAACUGAAAUAGCAAAAAUAAUUUGGAGAGCUGAAAUUAUUAACUGAAACCGUGACAUUUCAUGAGCUUUUUGCUGAUUAAACUUGGUUUUGGUUUCAUUUUUAUGGGCUUUCAGGCUACGUUUACACUGCGAGCCUUAAGCCUGAGAGACACUGCACGAUUUUAACAAUCCUAUAAGACCAUUGCAUGUCACACUGUGCAACGUGAAUCUAAUAAACAUGGCUACGACGUGUGUAGACUGUAUGAUGAUGACACCUAUUGAAUCGUAUGGUACGCCGCAUGCUACUAUACAAGAAUUUUGUAAGGAAAUAGAUUUUGUAUAGCUAGAUGCCCCAUUGGUGGCUAUUUCUAUGGGACGCUAUACGUAAGCUGUCCACCGCAUUGGAAUGUCAAAGCUGCUCCAUUUAAACUUUUAGAGCAAGUUGCCGGUGCAUCUGCGCUGCAACUGUAGUUAUAAGAAUGUAUGAAUAUCUGUAUCUUCAGUAGACCUCAGAAGAUGCUUUUGCUAAACUAACACAAUACAAGAAGACACAUUCUUACCUGUGAAAGUUUAUCCAGUUUCUUCAGGAAUUAAAAUUUUGGCGCUUUUUACAACCAGAUGCAGCAUAAUGUUCUUGUAUCUUGAAACUCAUAACAAGACCGGUCUAAGAUGGCGGACGUGCCUGGAGCGGUUGAAUGUGGCUUCUACCUAUACCUAUGGUUUUAAAUAGCUCUGCAGUAUAAAAUGUCACCUGAAAAAACGGGCUGAAAUCAUUGACUGAAACAGUGACGUUUCAUUAACUUUUUCAUUAUUAAUCUUACUUUUUUUCCAUGUUCUUGUCGCUAGUUUGUUAGGAAUCAUUAUUAAAUUUGUGAUAUUCCUUCAUUUGUCGAAUGGCUCAUUCAAUGUGAAUUCUCAAUUGAGCUAUGUUGUGUGUGUGUGCAUGUGAGUUCCUCAUUACUGAACUGUCCACUUGGGCCAAGAAAAGGUGGGAUAACUAGUGUGGCAUGAAUUUCAGCCAGUAGGUCUUUUGAUUAAAAAGCCUUUGUUCACCAUCACUGCAUCACUGUCUUCAAGAAGAUUUAGAAUACAGAAAACUGCUUUCAGAUCCCAGUCAAUGGGCCUUAUUCAUGAAACACGAGCAGAACGAAUUUGUGCAAACUAUUCGUAAAGCUGU